AUGGCUGUUCCCCCAGCGGGAGGCGGCUCGAACAACAACUUCACCACCACAGCAAACACCACCUGCAACAACAGCAGCAGCAGCAACAGCAACAGCAACAAUAACGAGAUAAAGCACUACAACUAUAACCAUCACUACCAGUACACUCCGCCCACUCUUGUAUCGGCCGUCGAUUUCAAACAUGUCUUCCUCCCUCACGCACCAAUGAUGUCGAUACCUGCCAUAGAUCCUGUCCCUGCUGGUGGCGGCCCAUCUCCCUCUACCUCUCUCAACACGGAUUACACGACAUACCCGCUGGGCAAACAGAAUGGACGGACCUACCUUCGCGACCCGGACAGCACCUACCCGCUGCCCUGCGACGUGCCCGAGAUCCACCGCCAGUCGCUGCAUUCGCUCAUCGUCAUGACCGUCUGGGGUGGACCCUUUUGCUCGCCCACGACGGCAGAUAACCCGCCCAAGAAGGUGCUGGAACUGGGCUGUGGCUGUGGCCUGUGGACCAGUGCCUGCCACGAGUAUUUUGCCAACCGCGGACAGGCAGAUAUAUCCUUUACGGGACUGGAUAUCAUCAGUCUGGCACCGGACUUACAGCACAAACAAGGGGUGGACUGGCAGUUCAAGAAGCAUGAUUUACGGAAAAGCACGCUGCCCUUUGCAGACGAGAGCUUUGAUUUUGUUUUCAUCAAGGAUGUUUCCCUCUGUGGGCCCAUGUCGGAUCUAAAGGCGGAUGGGACGCUGUCUGAACCGCUGCGGGUGCUCAAGUCAGGAGACAUGGUCUACAGGACGCUGCUGCCCAAUCCGCCCGUCGCCCCCGGCAAGCUGUCGGAGGAGUACCAGGAACAGGCUGAGAUUACCGGCACAUACACCAUCUCUUCCGCAACGCCCUUCACAAACGCCCAGAACAAAUACCUAAACGACUACAACACAUGGAUACAAAAGGCCUUUGAUGCGCGCAGACUCAACACCAUGCCCUGCGCCACCAUCGGCCUCGCCUUCUCAUCGGAAGCAGACUCGUUUCAGAGUUCAGGCAGCCGGCGGGUCGCCAUUCCGCUUGGAGAGGUCAAGUGGGAGCAAAAGCAAAAUGGCAGACCGCUGACGGCAGACCAGAUGGCCCUGCGUCAGACUACACUGCUCACUGUCGUGCAGCUGAUCGAAAGCAUGGAGCCGCUGCUGAUGGAGGCCAGCGGCAAGGGCCAGGCAGAGUGGGAUCGAUGGUGGACCGGCAUGACCACUGACCUGAUGCAGAAGGGAGGCGUCGCUAGCGGCGAGUGUCUUGAGGUCGGAGCCUGGUGGGGACGAAAGAAAUAA